UAUAUACAUACUGAUUACAACAAGAUAGCACAAACAGUAUUAUUGUAUUCUAAAUCUGUAUGCUUGUGAGCAAGGUGUUUUUGGAUAUAUACAUCAUGAUCAAUGGAAGCAGGGAAUAAUGCGUGUCCAUAUCAAAAUGAAUUUAUUUGAAAGGGAUUUCCUCCUGAACAAGAAUGGCCAUCGAACAGAGAACAAGGGAGAAGGAAAGUACUGGACUAAAGAAGCGCGCAAAACAUGGGUUGUUUACCUUUUUGUUUUGACUUCCAUAUUAUUUGCUGCUAGGGUAGCUAUGCCUGUAUGUGCGACUGCAAUUUCCAUAGAAUUUGGUUGGAACAAAGCAGACUUAGGCGCUGUAAUGGGUUCUUUCUUUUGGGGUUAUGUUACUACUCAAGUAUUGGGAGGGUACUUUGCUGACAGAAUUGGGGGUGACAAGGUGCUUAUUAUGUCCUCAUUGUCCUGGGGAACAAUAACAUUGCUAACACCUAACAUAUCUGAUUUACACAUGCUGUUCGGAAGCUCCAUAUUUAUCUUAACAUUGGCGAGAAUAGCAUUGGGUGUGAUGCAGGGAGUACAUUACCCAUCUAUGAUAAGUCUUCUUGCUCGAAAAAUUCCAGAAUCAGAAAGGUCACUGCCAAUGGGUGUGAUUCUCGCUGCUGGUAAUUUUGGUUCUCUCCUGUGUGGUGGGGUGGGUUCAAUACUGCUUGAGCACUAUGGCUGGAAGAGGGUGUUUCAAGUACUUGGUUUAAUCUCACUGUCAUGGACAUAUUUUAUGUGGACCAGCACAAGGAAACGACAGAACACUGUGAUCUCAUUAGACAGUAUGGUUUACUCCCAGCCAAUUGUGCCACCAAGUUCAGACUCCGUACCGUGGCAAAUCAUAUUUUCCAAAUCACAAGUGUGGGCUGUUAUUUUUGCUCACUUCUGCAUGAACAAUUGUUUUUUUAUUCUGCUUUCAUGGCUUCCCACUUUUUUCCAUGAACGGUUUCCAAAUGAGAAAGGUUGGAUUUACAAUGUCAUUCCAUGGAUGAUGUCCAUUCCUUCAAGUGUUUUUGCUGGGUGGCUCAGUGAACGUUUUAUAAAGAACAAUAUUAGCGUUACUUUUACUAGAAAAUUUAAUCAAUGUAUUGCUAUGUGUGGUAGUGGAAUCUUUUCUAUUAUUUUGACAUUUUGCAAGGAGUUUUGGACAGCUGUUCUGUGCGCAGGUCUUGCUGUUUCUUUGCAGACAUUUCAUAACAGUGGGGUCUUAGUUAAUCCCCAAGAUAUCGCCCCCAGCCAUGCCGGUUCUGUAUUUGGUGUGAUGAAUGCCUUUGGGGCAAUCACUUCGUUUUUGGGUGUAUACAUCACUGGUUGUAUUCUGAACGUAUCUGGGACAUGGGAACUGGUGUUUACACUCAUGGCUCUUAUUAAUGUAGCUGGUGCCACUACGUUUGUCAUAUGGGGCACAGGUCAGAGAGUAAUAUGAAGUUUAGUGUUAAUUUAGUGUGUUUGCCAUCAUUGGUUACUGGACUAGUUUUAUCAAUGUAUUAGUUGCCAAAUGAACUACCACUACAAAUUUUACUUUAAAUGCACAAAAAAAACAUUUUACUCCAAAGGCUAGGCACUUGUUACUGGUAAACCAAACACAGCUGUUGGCAUAUACAUAAAGCUUGUGUAACCUAUUUAUUUGGAAUUUGUUCAUUUAGAAAUAAUUUAAUAGCCAAGGUUAUCAUAUUGUUCUUGUUCAUGUUUGAGCAUUUUAGCAGACAUUCCCACUUUCAUGUAUGGUUAAUCGCUUUACUUUUGUUUUAUUUGCUUGCUGCUAUAUUUUCCAAGUCACUAACCCUCUGUUAAUGUUGCCAUGUCAGGUUCAAAAUGUCCUGCUGUGGCAACUAUUGAUUAUAUGGGCCUUUGCAGGCUUUGGAAUCAAAUCUGUUCUGCAUUGUACACCCCAAACUGCAGACAACAAUUGAUUUAUCUUUUGCCUUUCCUGAAAUGUUCUGUUACUGUUCAGGUCACGAAACAUGUUGUUUUAUUGUUGUUAAAAGACAGACAAUCCAUUCCUCUCUUACAUUCAAAUGUUGUUUUACUGGUAUAUUAUAUUGCAUAUUUACGUUUUUCAUAUAUUAAUAAUUGUUUUCUGUGGUUGAUACCUGUGCCUUUUAACUCUAUUUUGAUGCCUUUUAUCACAAGGUUACCCACUACCUUAUGCAGAAUAGGUGUGAUAUAACACCAAGUUCACUGUCAACUGUUCUGGUAUAGAAAACAAGCAUUUGUAUAUACACAAUCUGAAGACUCUGUAUUAAAUCCUAUGUUUCAAUUUUUCGUGAAAGAAAAAUUGCUCUGAAUUUGUAACCUGCAGUAACUGUGUAUUUUACAAAUUGUUCUUCUUCAUAAACUUCCUCGUUGUUUUAACUUCUCAAUCAAAAUUACUUUUAAGAUGGCUAAAACUUAGAGAAAAAUUAUUUUCUUUGUGUUCAAGGUAUGCAUAAGUAUUUUUAUUUUAAAAACUCGUUUUUAUUAAUUUUUAAAUGGGUAGUGGUUAUAAAUUGUGUUACGUUUUAUGGUGUUAUUCCUGACACGGAAUAUAUGCAUUACUGUGACCAAGAUUAACAUAUAUUGAUUUUACCUAG